AUGGAUACGGGAAGCGGGCCCGCGCUCCAGUACCUCCUGUGCCUCGCCUGGGUCGCGGCCACCCUCCCCAUCGCCGCCGCCGCGCUGCCGAUCCCCAGGGCCGCCGGCGGCCGUUUCAUCCACGGCCUGCUCUGCGCCUUCUCGUCCCGCGGGAAGACAGUCAGGCCCUCGUCCUCGUCCUCGUCCUCGUCCAAGGCGAGGUUCACCGUUCCACAAAAAUUCUUCUUGCAUUUUUACGUGGUGGGUGUGGUUGUGACGACUAGCUUGCUACUUGCAAUAUGGUUCUAUGCAUACAUGAAAAUGACACCUUUGAUGCCAGAACCAUCGAGUUACUCCACAAUUGCUAGCCAUCUUGUUGGUGGUUCAAAUUCAUUCUCUUUGGCAAAUUUCUGGUCGUCACGCCCCAUGGAACACAAGUAUCGUGUCUGGCGUACUGUAUUUGUUCUGAUAUUGAUGGAAAUUCAGGUCCUGAGACGCCUAUAUGAGACUGAACAUGUCUUCCACUACAGCCCUUCAGCUCGAAUGCACAUCAUAGGAUAUCUAACGGGUAUUAUCUACUAUGUGGCUGCACCUUUAUCACUUGCUAGUUCUUGUCUUCCUGAAGCAAUACAAUAUCUUCGAUAUCAAAUAGCUGAGUUCAUAGUGAAGGGUCGAGCAAGAAUGCCAGAUCUAGCAAUUGACCCAUCACAUCUCUUGAAACCUCUUCUAAAGUUGGGGUGGUGCCAGUGGAUUGGUGCUGUUAUUUUCAUCUGGGGCUCACUCCAUCAGAUCCACUGCCAUGCAAUUCUUGGAUCAUUGCGUGAACACAAAGAUUCUGAUGAAUAUGUAAUUCCAUGCGGUGACUGGUUUAGCCGUGUGUCUUGCCCUCAUUACCUUGCUGAACUAGUGAGUUCCUACUCUCUUCCAGUCUUAAUUAAUAUCCAGGAUGUUGCAGAUACUGAUGAAUAUGGAAGAUCCCACUAA